GGCGACCUCAGUAACAAAAUGACCGAGUUGCACCAAGCUGCCGCAGCCGGAGACUUACAGGGAGUCCAGGAUAUUCUGAGGCAGAAGAAGUGCAACCCCAACCAGAGGGACAUCGACUGGAGCCACAAGACCCCUCUGCACUGGGCAGCAGCCAAAGGAGACACAGAAACCGUCAGGAUCCUCAUUGAGCACGGAGCAAGGCCCAGUCUGAGGACGGAGCACGGAUGGACUCCUGCUCACUUUGCUGCAGAGUCCGGCUGACUGGCUGUGCUGCGGCUGCUGCACUACUACCACGCUCCCAUAGACAAGGAGGACUGCUGUGGAGACAAACCAGUGCGGAUGGCCCAAAUAUAUGGACACCAGGACUGCGUUCGAUUCCUUAAAAAGGCCGAGAUCGAGUGCCAGGCCUACCGCAAGAUGGCGGCCGAGAAAGGGAUUUCACUGGACGACACAGAUGAGGAGUGGGCAGAUCACGGCAAAGAAAAUGAAGCGAGAGGAUCUGUAACAGUAACGUUCAGAUGAUGGCCAAGCUCAACGUCACGUAACAACAUUCAGACAUUAGUCACAUCCUUGUAGUCUUUCUGUUGAGAGUGUUGCUGUGACUUCCCAGUGCAGUGAGAAAUAUAUAACAUACAGUAUUAUCAUAUAAAACAGCUUUGGAA